AUGUAUCAUCAAUCAUCAUCAUCAUCAUCAUCAUCAUCAUCAUUUGGUUAUGCUGCAAUAAAAAUUCAAGGUGCAUUUCGUUAUCAUCAAGCUCGAUUGAAAUUAACAAAUGAAGCAACAUGGAAAAUACAUGAAAAACUCGAGUAUUCUAAUGAACAAACUGAAGCAAAACUUAGAGACAUGUUUGAAAAAUUACUGAAAGCAUCCGAUAUACUUUCACCAUCUGUUACGAAAUUACUUCAAAAACCUGGAUUACUUCUUGAAGAAAAAGAACUUUUAAAAUUAACAAAUCCAGAUGAUAUUCAAGUUGAAGCUAAUUAUCGAGGACCACAUAUUGAAAGUCCAAUUAAGAGAAGUGCCUUUAUUGAUUUGAUUGAAGCUUUUCAAAAAGUAGAAAUUUUACAUGAAAAAUAUGUCUAUGUAAUUCUUCAUCAAGCACGUGUUAUACUUAAAACUUUACCAAAUGUGAAUCAUAUUAAUUUGUCUAAUUUACAUCAUAUAUUUAUUAUUGGUGAUCUUCAUGGACAAUUACCUGAUUUAUUACAUAUAUUUAAUAUGAAUGGACUACCUGCAACUGAUAAUCCAUAUAUAUUCAAUGGAGAUUUUGUUGAUCGAGGUCCAAAUUCAAUUGAAAUUAUUCUUUUAAUUCUAACUGCUUUUAUUCUCUAUCCAAGUUCAGUAUUUCUUAAUCGGGGUAAUCAUGAAGAUAUUAUGAUCACAGCUCGAUAUGGUUUUCAAGAAGAAAUUAAUAAAAAAUAUCCCAAAUGUAAAACACAAUUAAUUGAUCUAUUUAAAGAUGUAUUUAGUUGGUUACCAAUUUAUUCAUGUGUUGAUACAGGAAAAUCUAAUCUUAUGAUAGUACAUGGUGGAAUAUCUAAUCGAAUUAAUUUAAAACAAAUAAAUUCUCUUGUAAGAAAUCGAUAUAUUUCAAUUAUUAUACCGCCUAAAUCGAAAAAUAUUGGUGAACGUUUGACUAAAGAUGAACAAGAUGAAUAUCUUCAAAUGGCAGAUUUAUUGUGGAGUGAUCCAGAUCCUCAGAAUCGUUCCGGUUGUCGAAACAAUGAUGAUAGAUAUAUGGGUUGUUUUUUUGGUUCAGAUAUAACGGAAGAAUUUCUUAGAAAAAAUCAUUUUUCAAUGAUUAUACGUUCACAUCAAGUCAAAGAAAAAGGUUACGACUUCGAUCAUAACAGAAAAGUUUUAACUAUUUUCAGUGCAUCGAAUUAUUGUGAAGGAUCCAAUUGUGGUGCUUUUGCACGAUGGGAUUAUAUGAUAGAUGAGCCACAAAUUACUUCAUAUACAUUACAAGAUAUUAAUCUAAAUGAAAAAUUAAAUUUUAAUAAACAAGUAACAUUAUUCGAAGAUCCAGUUUAUCAAACAUUAAUGAAGAAAAUUGUAGGAAAGAAAAGUUUACUUAAAAAAGAAUUUGAAAAAGCAGAUAAAAAUCGAACUAAUCAUUUAUCUCCGACAGUUUGGUCUGAUAUAAUGAAAAAUGUUCUUCAAAUUGAUUUACCUUGGCUUACUUUACGUUCAAAAUUUGUCAAAGAAGAUGCACAAGGAGUUUUAUAUAAUACGACGAUUGCAGAUUAUGCUUUAGAUAAUACAAAGUUUCAAAAAUCUCAAGUAGGUAUUAUGGAAGAUCUCUAUAUGUGGAAAGAUACACUUAUGGCAUUAUUUAAUUUAAUUGAUUCUGAUCAUUCAGGUUUUAUAAGUCGUAAUGAAUUUUCUGAUGUUCUUAAACUUUUAUUUUAUGGUGAAAAUAGUAAUAGUGAUGUAAAUCAAGCAUAUAUUGAAGAAAUCAUUUCUGCAAUGGAUUUUGAUAAAGAUGGAAAAAUUGAUGUUAAUGAAUUUCUCGGUAAGAUUUGAAUAUGAAAUUUAUGUCUUCGAGGACGAAAUAUAUCAUCAUUAUCUUAUGAGGAGACAAGUGCAAGUUAAAAACAUUCUUUUUGUAUCUAAACUCUAUAGUCGUAUGAAUAGAUAUAAAAUAGUAUAUGCUUCUCGUUUCAUAUCUUUUUGAAUUUUAUAGAGUCUGUUGAUUCUUUCCUUGAAAUUGUAAGAACUUAGGGUGUUCUUUGGUCAUUUCGAACACAAAGAAAGACUAAUACUUUUGUAGACUGAAAUGAAAAACUUGUCAAACGAAUU